AAGCAAAGCUUUAUAAAAUGACAGUUCAAGCCACUAUUUGGUCCUCAUAAUUCGCAUAUUGCAUCUCCUGCGUUCGUCACUUCUAACGAAUGCGACAACAAAGUAUGAAGCAGCCACAAGGAGAAUGAAUUUAAUCGGCAUCGAGUUUGGAAACCGAGUAAUAAUUACGUGCUUCGAAUUUCAAAUGAAUUGAGUAACACAUCAAACUCACGUUUCGGGACACUCAUCGCUCGCAUAGAGAACUUAGCCAGCUAUAAAGGGGUCGUCGAAACAAUUCAGUCAUCAGUCGAACGAACGAAAAUACAUAAAACGCAACAGAACAAAUGCUCGAACUUGAUCGUCCAUUAGUUUUUUCGCUGUCACUUCUGUCGUUCGAGUUCGAUUUUUCUCCUCAUCUCGUUGUUACAUACGAUCAAUAAGCAGUGAGAAUAAAAAUGAAGUUGUUUUUUAUCGGAGUCUGCUUUGCUCUGUGCGUGUGUCUGCAAGCGAAGGAGGUUCGUCAAAUAAGCAGACUAAUACCACUGGAGGACUGGAUCGAUUUUAAGAAUCGUACGCGAGAGGUCAAGCCGCUGGACAAAUUGAUUGGUAAAUUGCGUGCAACUUACGAUUUUGUAUUUCACAAGCCGGACGACGUAAGCAACGUGGGAAAAAUAAUAAAAGAAACAAAUGAGAGUUCAAGUGAGCCAGUGCCAAAAAUAAAUUCGAACAUUUCGGUAAUAGCGAGAAGAAAAUCGAUCGAGGUGGAAGUUACCAAUGAAAUGGAUGACGGAAAAGAUUACGAGGGUUCGGACAGUCCAGAUUCGAUGAAAUAUUCGAAGAAAAACGUUUCGACUGGUAGCUCAGACGAGAAGCUAGAAAAGGGCUUUGAAAGAUUGGAGCGUCUCGAAAAUCUUAAUGAUAAAUUUACACUGGAACAUCUGGAGAUCCUCGACGAUGAAAAUCUCUCGGACUCCUUCGACGAAGAGCCUCAAAAUACCGAUAAAAAAGCAUCCCCACCCCACUCGAAGUUCGCUCUCCCAUACGCUAUAGCUCAAGCCUUUUUGCGAUGGAUUAUCUCCCUUUACCUUUCCACGUCCAAUCAUUUCUCGAAUAUCGAUAUGGGCACGAGGGAAAGUGCUUAGUAAAUAAGGCUCAUCGUUACUCUUAAGUCGUUUUUUUACUAUCUUUAUUUUAUUGAAAAAUAUCUGGGUGCGAAAAAUACAGUGUCAUUUGUCUCACUAUCCCUAGGUCAUUAUCAUUUUGGCAAUCUUCAUGCAAUCUCAUGUACAAUCGUUUACCAUUAAUCAUAAGAAAAUGUUCGGUAUUUCAAUGAUCGAUAAUUAUUCUCUUUCGUAUUCGUUUGUUUCAUUCGAAACUACGACUUCGGUGAAUGGGGACCGAAGCGUCGUUACAUCGAGCAUUUCAGCUCCAGGAAGAUUGUUGCAAUGAGCAAAAUGUUUCACCCUGCCGCUUGGUCGAUAAAAUCGUGGAAACGACGACCACUUUACCACAAAAACUUAUUUUUUGCUUGUUUCGUAUUUCUCGUUUGUUGUUGUUGUUUUUUGUUUCUUUUUUUUUUUUUUUACAUUAUUUCGACGUUACUGUAGGAAGAAAUUGUGUGGAAGCGGACUUGCUUAAAAUAAUAAACCGGAGUAGGCCGUAAGAACUUAACAGUCUUUGGUAGUAGCGAAGGAUGGAAUUUUUUAUUCGUCAUUCGUUCAUUUAUUCGGAGGAACCAUCCCCGCAAUCGACUUUCGAUUCUUCGAGCUACCGAUUCUUCAAACUUUCCAUUAAACUAUUUUUUUUCCCUCCUACUUUUACGUCUCAGACCCCCUCGAGUACUGAUUUUUAAUGAUUAUUACUUUUUUGCAAUCAAGAGCCAGCAGAGCUUCCACUCUGAAGGCUCGUUAAAACAAGGAAAAUCCUUCUUAUAGUUUCAAGUUCAAAAGGAUCUCGUAACUAAUUAAAAAAUAUCUCGUGAAAAUUCUUCAGACACCCAGAAACAAUAGUCUCUCAAUUAAUAUCAUUUACAAAGAAAUUUAAAAUAAUCUACGACUUAAAAUGUAGGAUGAAAAAAGGUGUUUAUCGAGGAGAAAAAAUGCUAGCCAAUUCGACCAUCGUAAUAGUAAAUAUAUAGAUUAUUUUUCGGUUUGUAAAUUGAACAUAAAAUUCUCGAACCUCUUUCGCGUCCAUCUUUACGCUUCAAUUUUCAAUAUUUGUCAUUUCUGUGUCCGUUACGAUCACGGUCGAAAAAUUUAUGCCCGGAUGUUCCCUACCGAAGAGUCAAGUAUCAAUUGUUGAUGUGAAAAUUAAAAAAAAUUCUUUUCCGAAUUUUCACUCCGAGGUUUUUGCGAAUAUGAGAAAAAAGAACAUCAAAGUAGUUCCUCGCAGUAUCCUAAUUACCGGAAACACGCAUACUCGCUCGUCAGAGCCACUCGUUCGUUCACACAAAUCGAACACUGGCAAUUAUCACUUCGUCAGGACGUUGAAUCCUGGUGGUAAGCGGAACUAAAAUUCUUUUUAAAAUUCUCACUAUCAAAAUUGCAAAAGAAUAAAUGAUUUUAAUAAUCCGUUUAAAAACGCUUGUAAAAAAUGGAACGAUUCUCGAUCCGUUGCGUAAAUAAGCGCGCGUGAUAUUUUUCACUCUUUUCGCCAAAAAAGAAAAAAUUAACUAUAAAAUUCUUGCAAUCGUAGACUAGAUUCAUUCCGAGUUGAGUUAUUUCUAUAAAUUAUCUUAGUAUGACAUUAUUUUAUACUAGCAAUAUUAUUAGGGUGUUUUUUUCACUCAUGCUGAUGAUGAGAAUGAAAAAAUUUCAAAAAUUCAAUAAUUUUUCUUUUUUAUUUAUCGAUGAUAUGGAAAAGAAAAAAAAAUAAUAAUAAACUGUUCAACUUUGAAUGAGAAUGUUAAAGUUUGCAUCGUUGGAAUGCACCGAAAAUGUUAUUUUUGGCGAGAGCCAUCUACUGUUUAUUCGUUGUUUAAAGCUCUGAAAGACGGUCACACUUUUUUUCGUUAAUUUAACAAAAAAAUUGCCUUAUUUUCCAACGAUGGAAAGUUCAACGUCGUUUUGAAUCGAACAAUCGCCCGGAAACGCUUCCCGUAUCACAUAAAAUAACUCAAUUUAUCCAAAACAAAAUUCGUUUACAAUAGUUUCUUAAUUGCCCAAUAAAACUAAAGUAAAACUACAAUUUAAAUAAUCAAUACGUGAAAAGUGAUUGGAAGAUAUUGGCUUUUAUGAUUUUAUUUUCAACGAUUGUUCGUUCAAAAGUUUCGGUAAGAUUCUUCUUCGUCUUAUCGAGAAGUUUAGAAUAUUUGAGCUGUUUAUAUUAAAAUAAAUGGAACGAGAUCGAAAAUUUGAGAGAUAAAUAAUUCACAAUUGGCGAAGACAACGCGACGAUGAAAUUUAGCUGGCAAGGACGAUUAAUGCUCGUCUGGUAAUGAUCGGUGGCGGCGAUGGUAGUAACCUUAAUCAUGUAGGUCGUCACAGCCAACGUUACAGUCGAUUUGAAAUGACGAACGGAAACGAGACAAAACGAUCGUCGUUACUCCGAAACGUCUCUCUUUGUUAAGGCAAUCUUUACCGAUUAUUAUCACCUUCUCCCUUUCGUUUUAUUUUCACGUUUGUUAGUUUAUUUUUUCUUAACCCCCGAUCAAAAUAUCCCGAAGAAUCAUACUUAUCCACUAUUUAUAGUAUUUGUUCCAAUUCACUAUGCGUUUAUAUUCAUUAAAAACGAUCGCAUUGACGAAGCGUGUCAGUUAUUGAUGUACAGCGAAACUCAUCGCGUCAUCAGGGCUUUCCAAAAAUAUCUGGGCAACGGAGAUUGAGCAGAAAAAAUACACUUUCUCGUGGACAAAAUUCUGAAAACUGUUCUACUUUAGAAAUUGGCGAUGAUUGCAAAUACAUUUCGCACCAGACUCCUUAAUUUUGUGGUUUUGAAAAUUACACCUUUGAAAUGCAGCAUCGUUUUUGUUAUUUUAAACCCGUCAUUUUGUUUUUUUGAAAUAUGUUUAAGAUACUUUUCUAGAUUUC